CAUUUUGAAAUACCCAAAAAAUAUGGUAUUAACAUUUUACUUAUAUUGAAUACCUAUUGUUGCUAAAGAGUUUUCCAAAAAUAGUAAUAAAAAAGUUAAAAUACAUCAUAGAUGCAGCAGGAUAUUACACGCACAUGAAAAAGGAUCCAGGGACUAUUUAAUCACAUACUAUAAUAAAAUAAUAAUUGUAACACUAAGUUAGCAGGGCUGAAACACUUAGAGAAACUCUAUAUUAGUAAGUUAAAUUCAUAAUCAAUUUAUUUGAAUUACUGCAGUGAUACAGCUUUUAUCAUUUAGGAAUAAUACAAUAAAAUCAUACUUAUCAUAGAUCGCACAGAAAUAAAAAAGGUAUAACUGGAGAAUGGAAAAUUUAGAAGUGACUUCUAGAGAUCCUUCUAUCUGUUAUAUGAACGAAGAUCUGAUUGACGAAAUUUUUAACGCUUUAAAGAAGGGAAAAAAAGCUAUAAGACACAGCAUAAGCAAAGAUGUAGUACUAGUAUUAGGUAACGUGGGUUCGAGAAAUAGUAUUUUCACACAAUUCAUUACUAAUAAUCAGAAUCUAAAGUCAAAAAAAGUAGAAGACGGCAGCUUUACAAUAGUAAACGAAAACGAUAAGGCCCAUUCCAAACCGCAGAUAGGUUUUCCUAUUUUGGCACUAGAUCCCAAAUCUAAUACAGCAAUUUACGAUUUUCCUGAAUUUAAUAAAACAGAAAAUAUAGCUCAAGAUGUAUCCAGAACUUAUUUUAUGAAAAAAAUUAUAGAUUAUGCUGAUUCUGUUAAGAUAAUCUUUACAACACCGUUCUCGUCAGUUACGAAAGCGGUAGAUAAACAAGAUCUUGCAUUAUUAAUAGAGUACGCUGCCACGCUGUUAAAUAAAAUUGAAAAGUUUGAAGAUAGUAUAGCUCUCGUAGCAACGGAUGUUGAAGCAGCUGAAAAUGAAAAAAUUGUAGAAAAUAUUGCGGAAGUCCUACAAGAUUUAAAAAAUGAAUAUUCAACAGCAAAUGAAAAUCUAGAAUUUAGUAAGAAAGCAAUAAAGUUUAUCAAUAUUUUAUUAGAAAAAAAAGAUGAUAAUUAUAUACAUGUGGGUAUUUUUAACAGACCUCAAGAUGGCAAAGCAAUUAACAAGAAUGAAAAAUUACAGAUAAAUAAAAAGAGCUUGGUAAAAUUAGUAACGAAGGAUAUUAAGUACAGCCAACCCAAUGGAAAUGACUUAAAAUUGACGUUGUAUACACAGUCAGAGAGCAGUUUGCAAUGUUUUUUGGAAAGAUUACAUAACAAUAUAGCUUUAGCCAUGGAAAAUAUCAACGAAGAUAUAAAAAAGCAUUAUCAACAUCAGGAAAAAAUAAUAAAUGAUAUAGAAUUUCUACGUCAAAAAUAUUUCGAUGUAUACGAUAAACUGUCGAACACCAAAGCAGCCUUAUCAAAAAUGUCGAAUACUCAAGACUUUAUAGAACUACUUAUUCAAAAUACAAAAGAUUUGCUUAUACGCAUUUCCAAUUCUAAUCUAGAAAGUAUCGGAAAUAAUGUUGAUUAUUUAAACUUCGUGGAAAUGAUGCAAAAUCGCCCGAUAAAACCAGAAUCAGAGAAAUGGGCAAACAAAUUGAACACUGCACUUGAUUUCUUAAAAAAGUCUGUAAAGUGGUAUGACUUCUUAAUUAAGUUAAAUGAUAUUCUGUCAAAGUACGAUGUACAGAAAAAUAUCGAUAAACCAAAUAAUUCAGUUACGAAAUUUCUAUCUCAAAUCGAUGCUCGUGAACUGAAAAAACAGAGCAUAAUCAAUAAUUUGAAAAAACUUUUGAAUACAGUGAGCACUGAGAACCUUGAAGUAUACUAUGAUGAUAUCAAAGAUGUGAAAUUGGAUGAAUUCAAAAUAAGAUUUCUGGUCGAAAUAUUAAGUUCUACGUUGUUGCAAACCGUGCAAACAUUGUGCACAAAUGACCAAAUGGCGAUACAAGGCCAUAUUGUGAAAUUCGCCGAUGUUGAGCGAUGGACUACCGAAUCAAAUUGUACAAAUGCAAAAAUCAUAAAAAUCUUUGCUUUAAAUAAAGUUUUUAUUGAUUCAGAUUUCAACAAAACUGGUGCCCAAGUGCAACUCACUGUUAUGGCGCCAACAUGGGAUGUAAUAAAUCAACGAACCUUGGUAUUAGACGGUGCACCUGGAGAAGUUGGUUUAUUGAGCAAAGCGCAAGAUGGCCAGAAUAGCGAAAACCGACUUGAAAGAAAUGGAAAACAUGGUAAUCCUGGAAAUCCAGGCGGAUCAUCUGGACGAUUCAUAGGUAUUGCCAAAACUGUUGUUAAUGGCGAAAAUCUCAGUAUUUACGUGAAUGGAGGUAAAGGUGGCCCAGGGCAAAAUGGAGGUAACGGCUACAAAGGAAUAGAUGGAACUGAGGGACAUUAUCCAAACGACCGUGAACGUUGGAUUUGUGGAUUGGGAGAAGUAACGCGAUAUUGUGACUACCCGGGAAAGAAAUGUACAAAAGGAGGUGAUGGCGGUGACGGAGGUGUAGGAGGUGUAGGAGGGUAUGUAGAAAAAGUUAUACUCAUUCUACUUGAGAACCGUUCUGGAAUACACGUUUAUAAUCAUCCAGGGGAGAACGGCUUGGUUGGCAAAGGGGGUGUAGGUGGCAGUCCAGGAGAGCCUGGAAAGUCUUACCGUAUAUACGCUUCCGGGAACCCUGGUGUUCAUUUGCUUGCAUCUCAAUGGUCUAAAAAUGAUAAAAUCAUGAGGAAUACUGUAUCAGAAUUUGUUAAAAAAUGUGCAUCGGGAAAAUUUGGCUCAGAUGGCAAAUAUAACGAAGACAUUAAAUUGCCAUUGGUAAAUGUUAUGGAAGCUCCAGCCAACAUUGUAGACGAUUACAAAAACUAUGUUCGGGAAAAUUUCCCCAGCAUCAGAGAGAAUUUUUUAAGACAAUUUAUAGAUCAAUUAGAAGGUAACAAUGCCACAGAAGAUUUAUAUGACGCUUUUGCAUAUGUACAGGAGCUACAAGAUUUGGAAGAGCGUUUUUACGUGUCAAGUAAUAGAAUUGCAUUUUUACCAUUCUAUCAGUCGCUGUUAAGUAGAAUUGAACAUUAUGGCAACAAUAUUCUUCACGGUAAUAAGACAGAUGAUAGAAAAGCACUGUUUUACGUAUCUACGGCGAUUAAAAGCAAAGUAUACAACCUUAAAAAUAACUACGCCGAUUCGUUGAUUAUCGAUGUAUCGGAAUAUUUGCAAACAGUCGAAUCGGAAUUCGAAGCCCUAACAAAAUCUGAGGAAGAUGCCUCAGCACAUAAAAACAGUGCCGACUAUCAAAAUACAAUAGAGAACAGAAUAAUUGAAACUCAAUCGUUUAUUGAGACAUCAAUCAUGACGAAAAUUGAGAGUAGUCUGAGUCAAAUAGAUUCGCUUAUAAAUUCAUUGAUAAAUGAAACAAUUUCUCGAGAAGAUGACGUCAUUAAAGCUAAGAAAAAAAUUGAAGAUCAACAACAGAAUAUGCAGAGAACAUUGGUUUGGAAAACUCUUUUAGAAAUCACAAAAGUCGCAUCUGUGUUCCUAAAUCUUCUUGGUCCGGUAGGAUCAGUUGCUGCUGCAUUUAUAGGUACAGGAGCUACAAUUGCGGAAAAUGUAUUUCUGAAAGACACGGAAAAUAUUGCUGAUAUGGUUUCAGUUAUACCCGAGGCAGUUUCAAAAUCUGUAUCAGCAAUCGAGAAAAUAUACGGCAAUAAAAAAAAGGCUUUUGAAGCGCAACUAGAAGAUUUGGAAAAGGUAUUGAAAAACGACAAAGACAAUGAUUUUCAAGACAUCAAAGAAAAGGUUUCUGAAACUAAAGAUGAAUAUAAUACGCAAAUUGCAAACAAAAGUGCUCUUGAUCCUAAAGUUAUGGAUAAAAUAGAUAACCUCCGUACAGAAGUAGUUGAACUCAUCGAAGUGAAGAAAAAUCAAUGGAAUCCGUACGAUAAGCACGUGAAAAAUCUGGCGAGAAUGCAAAAUGUUUUAAAAGUAGGUGGGCCAGCAAUAGGAGGCAUACAAAAUAUUAUGAGUCAGCAUAAGAAGCUUAAAAAGGUUGGCGAUGCAAUUCAGGAGCAAGAAAAAAAUCUGCAGAAAUUACAGCAAUUUGAAAAAGAUAUUUAUAAAAUCAUUGUUCCCGUUUGCAAUAAUGUACGCAAAUUUGUCAAAGAUUCACAAAGCAAGUUGCAAGCCAAGUCUCAUGCUGGUCUCGACAUAAGUAAAUGGGACGUACAAAGUACGCUGAAAAAUCUCAAGUACAAAUUCGAAGAAUAUACAAAAGGUUUUAAAGUACAAGCAGAUUUCGCCAAUCUAAUGGAUUAUCUAAACGAAGCUAUUAACACUAUGAUUCUCUUAUAUGAUCGCAUACAAGACUACCAAGAUAAAAAAGAAUUGGGCAAUUACAUUGAAAGAAUCAACUCCAACAUAUUCACAGAUAUACAGGACGCUAAAUUGAGAGCAGAAGUUGACAAAUUGAAGUUGUUUAUACAAAGCAAUACUGUAUUAGAAAAGUGCACAAAGGUUGUGCAAGCAUUCGGACGAUAUGUUUACCCAUUCGCUGAUUGCUAUCUAUCGAAUCUUGAUUUAUUCAACAACUAUAAACAAGAAAAUAUAACGAUUGUAAUACAGAACGCUCGAUAUACAAUAGAUAAUUUGCGAAAAGAACUUCAAAAGAGUAAAGCUAAGUUACCCAAGGAACAAUCAGAAAUUAUACAAAACAUUAAGUACAGUAGCGAUGAUCCCGAGGUUGGGCCGUUCUUUGUUUGGAAGUAUGACGAACAUAAACACGAAAUAAAAAAACUCCUAGCUGGAUUUGAGGUUUUAUUAAAAUCGGACAUCAAGAAAGGACUGAAUAAAGAUGCAGUUAAAUUCAAACAGAUAUCUUUACGUUUCAGAACACCUGCUCAAAGUCGGCAAAAGAAGUUUAAUGAGAAGAUAUCACAAUUUUACAUAGCAAUGACGCACUCGGGGAAUUCCUAUUAUAAGUGCAAUGAUAAAAUUCACAUGAUCCCAAGCAAUGACAGUAUCCCUCUGAUUUUCCGAACAAACAGUGACUUUGCAUAUGAAAAUGGAAACGUUGCCAUAUUAAAGGAUAACACACCUAUUCUUAGCCCAUACACUAUGUGGCGUAUACAACUUAAAAGGAUAAACAAAAAGUACGAUUUAUCAGUUCUUACUAAAUUUAUUGAUAUGCCUAUAGAUAUUGAAUUAGAAGGAGUUGGUCAACACAUCGAACCCGGAAAUGCAAAACUAUGUAAUGAUAAUAUGGACAAAUAUUAUAUUUUGGAUGAAACAAUAUCGACGACCGAUUAUAUUGACGUCUUUAAUAAAAAUAACUUUAGAGGACUAUCCAAAGUUGAUUUUUUCAAUGAGAUCUCGAAGAAUAGUAGGGGAUCGCAGAGACCGCGUCGUAGUUUGGAUGAACGCAAAUUUGCUGAAGAAACAGAAAAUAAUUCAUUUUCAACAAGUGGUGCUUCAGAUGGUACCAAAUUUUCUUGUUUAAAUACAAUUUUCAACUUGGUAGAAAGCAGCUUAGUAGCAUUCAAGUACCUUAAUCCAUUGAAUCAAAUAAAUCAGUGGUUCGAUAAAUUUGAUGAAAAUAUCGUUAAAGAAGAUUCAACGGUGUUUAAGAAUUACGACGCAUCCGUGGCUAUGACAUUAAUAGAUACUCAGUUUCUACAUGCAGAGUUUGGGAAGAUAUCAAAAUCAUUCAUAGAAGAUGAAUCACCCAUUGAAGAUAAGCCACUGUGCAAUGAUUUUUCAUUUUGCAAUAAUAAUAACUUAUUUUUAGCAUAUCUUUUAAUUUGUCGAAAGAGUGGAGUUAAGUAUAGGAAAAACAAGACAGUGAUAAUGAAAAAUCUUGAUUCCGAAUCCGCGCAAAAUCUUGCGUACCGAGGAUACUUGCCUCAAAAGAAGUCAUCGCUACAUUAAAAUAAUUUAACAAAAACAUGGAAUCGUUUAACUAGAGUUCAAAUAUUUUUAAGCUAAAUCUGUUUUUAAAAUACAUUUGUGACUAAACGCAGCUGUAAUAUUUAAAGUAGAUAUUAAAUUUUUAGUGCUCGCAUAAUUCCUUUGCACAAUGUUUCACACACGACAAUCAAUCUGACACUUUAUUUUGUUCACUUGUCACCAAGUUUGUGUUUUAUUAUGACUUAAUCGAAUUAUGCAUGAAUUACACAAAUUUAUAUUGUUACCAAACUUUUCGUGCGCUUACUUUGUAAUAAGCAUUUAAUGCUUGUAUUGAGUGUGUGAAAGUUUGUCACGAGAGAUUUAAGCACAAAACAUGCAAAAUAUAUAAUAGGUAAAACACCCAAUACAUGGGCAGAUUUUGAAGAAAUUUUAGAAGCUCAUUUAUUUCGGACGGAUAAAUUGCAAAGUAUCAAAAUCCUUUAACACCAACGUUUAGCCGACACAAUUAACUUUCAAUUUAAAAAAAAAAACGAACCUCAAAUAAUUAGUUUUUAUGAUAAAAAUAAAUUUUGAAGAGUGGCAUAAAAACACGGUAUAGUUGGACAUCAUUUGAUACGAUUAAACCAGUACUUGGACGCGGUCUUAGCCCCACUAGUUGGACAUUGUAAUCAAACGUGUCCAACUACUGCUUUAUGGUCAUUGCAUUUUCGGUAAAGUUGGACAAUACUGAAAAAAUUGCUCUUAUGGGACUCGAGAGCAGUCUUUAAAAUCAUUCUUGAGAAUUGAUUUUUGUUAAAAUAUUAUCAAAAUCAUUUGUAUAUUAUUAGCAAUGGUGUUUACAAUGCUGAUCCAGUUUAGUUUUUGAGGUUACGUUUUUGAUUUUAUCACAAUAGCAAAUAUUCGAGUGUCCAAGUAUAGGUCUAAAUUUUCAUUUUGUCCAAGUAUUGGGCGUUUUACCUUAAUGUAUUAUAGUUUUUUUUUGGGAUUGCGAAAUUUCGUGAUAUUUUAAUGAUUUACUAUCAUUUAUAUGCGCCAAAAAUAAACAGCAUUCACCAAAA